AUGGCUACAUUCAUAUUGAGACUUCCCUCACGCAGAGAUUCGGGCUGGUUGUCUUUGUUCAGCUUCACCACCAGAAAGCAUGCGCCCACUCUGAUCGGAGGCAUCGUUCUCGCUAUCAUCGCGAGUUUGCCCACGCCAAUUUUCUCGAUAUUGCUUGGGGACAUCUUCAACGAGUUCGCCUUGUUCGGUGGCCGAGAAAUUACUAACGGGGAUCUAAUUCGGUCUACAACCAAGUAUUGCAUUUGGCUGGCGGUACUGGGAGCAAUCAGCUGGGUUUGCAAUGGGUGCUACUAUAUCCUGUUUGUUAUAUUCGGAGAGUUGCAAGUGGCGAACGCUCGCACCGAGCUCUUCGGUGGGCUUUUGAAGAGGGACCAAGAAUGGUUUGAGACACAGCAGGAUGGAACUCGGGUAUACCUGUCUAGUCUUCAAGGCUAUAUUGAUGAUCUGCAGAGGGGAACAUCGCAGGCAUUUGGACUUGCCUUGCAAUACCUCUUCCGAGCGAUUGUAUCGCUGGUCCUAGCUUUCUAUACGUCCUGGAAUCUCACCUUGGUUACUCUAGCCGGAAUACCAGUGCUAUCGGCCAUCAUCUCGUACUUGUCGGCGAAAAUGAACGCGAGCUUUGAAGCGCAAAAGAACGAGCUUGCCAACGCAUCAAAGAUUGUGGAUAGCGCCACCGCCUCGAUCGAUGCAGUCAAAUCCUUCAAUGGGCAACUGGUCGAACAUCGGAAAUUUGUGACCAGUAUCGACCGAGCGGCAAUGUACUACUUAAAGCGAGCGCGCUUCACCUCCCUGCAAAUCGCGUUUCUGCGUAUGAUGACUUUUGGUAUGUUCAUUCAAGGCUUCUGGUAUGGCAGUUCUUUGGCAACAUCCGGCAAUCUCUCUGCAGGGGAAGUCUUAAGGACCUUCUGGGCCUGCUUGGCAGCAGCACAGUCCUUCGAGUUUAUUAUGCCGCAGGCAACGGUUAUGAGGAAAGGGAAGAUUGCAUCCAUUGCUCUGCAACACGCAUUGAGCGAUCGAGCAGACGGCAAAGCCCCUGGAGUGCUGGACGGGGCCCUCUAUCCUGAUAAGUGCGAGGGCGAUAUCGAAGUGAGAAAUCUUUCUUUCUCAUACUCAUCCCAACCAGACAGAUUCAGUCUGGAUUCAACCAGUUUCUUCUUCCCAGCCGGGGAGACCACAUUUGUAAUAGGGAAAAGCGGAUCCGGGAAGAGCACACUGGGACAGCUACUUGCGAGGUUCUAUAUGCCGACCUCAGGCGAGAUUAGUAUCGACGGACAUCCCAUUCAAACGUUGAGUACGAGUUGGAUCCGUAACAAUAUAACACUUAUUGAACAACGGAGUGUGCUUUUCAACGAGUCCGUAUUCAUGAACAUCGCAUUCGGAAGUCGGGAUCACAGUCGACUCCAGAAGCCAGACGUGCAAAAAUGCAUUAGCCUAGCCAGAUUAGAGGGCACCAUUCAGGCUAUGCCGGAUGGCAUCGAAACGUGUGUCGGGCCAGGAGGAAACUUUUUGAGCGGAGGCCAGAGGCAAAGGGUUGCGAUUGCCAGAGCUCGACUCAGGGAUACCCCGAUACUGAUCAUGGACGAACCGACAAGUGCCCUAGAUGGCACCAAUCGUGUUGAGAUCAUGAAAGCCAUUCGAGAUUGGCGACGGGGCAAGACGACGAUUAUCAUCACACACGACAUGUCCCAGAUUCUAGACCGUGAUUUUGCCUAUAUAUUAGAGCAUGGCUCCGUCGUCCACGCUGGCUAUAGGCAUGAGUUGGAAGACAGCAAGCUAUUUUUCCAUCAAAAAAGCAAAGCGAUUGAAGAAGGCGAAGAUGAUGUCAACGGCGCAACGAGCCGUGCCCCGUCGCCUGAACAGGGCUCUUGUGAUCCCUCAGAACGGCGAAAUUCCAUUGAUUCCAUCGCGAUGGAGAUGAUAGAACUGAACACCAUUCAUGUCAAUGGUGCCAAGGCACAGCUCAAUCGAAUCAGUCGUCAUAUUGCAGCCAACAACGACGCGCUUCAUCGCAUCGAUGAAAUGGUUGCAGAUGAGCAUCCCGAGCAAGCCACCCGCCUCCUGCCGCAGGAGCGCCUACCUUUACGGAAGAUCAUAUUGACGAUGAUACCAAAUUUGACAAAAGGCCAACGCUGGCUACUGGCCCUUGGGUCGUUCAGCACGCUGGCUCAUGCGAUGGCCACCCCUGUGUUCUCUUUUUGUUUGUCGCAGCUGCUGCAGACUUUCUACGAUAGCAGUACCCACGCUUCAACGUGGUCAUUGGCUGUCCUCGGUGUCUCGCUGGCUGAUGGAGUGGUGUCUUUUGGCAUGCACUAUCUUCUUGAUCUUUGCGGCCAGGCUUGGGUCGACAGCAUACGAAAGAUCAGCUUCGGUCGAAUUCUCGACCAGCCCCGCAAAUGGUUCGAUGAAGAAGGAAACAGACCCUCCCAGCUGACCACCUGCCUGAAUCAGCAUGGAGAGGAGAUGCGCGAUCUCAUUGGGCGGUUUGGUGGAUAUCUUCUCGUGGCUGCUACCGUUGCUCUGACGGCGAUUAUCUGGAGUAUGGCCCUUUGCUGGAAACUGACCCUUGUCGUUCUAGCUUGUGGUCCUGCUAUAUACGCUAUCACUCGAGGCUUCGAGAGAACGACUGGGUUAUGGGAAAGACGAUCUGCUGGAGCGAGGACCACGACCGCGGAAGUGUUUAUCGAAACAUUCGCAGAAAUUCGGACGGUCAGGAAUCUGACCCUGGAGCCGUUCUUCCAGAAGAAGCACCUGAAAGCUGCAUCAAUGUGUAUGAGCAUUGGCUUAAGAAAAGCUCUCUACACGGGCUCUCUCUUCGGUUUGGUUGACUCCAUGAUUAUGUUUGUCAGUGGUGAAUUUGUAACCGGGCUGGUGCUGACGCUUCAAGCCCUGAUAUUUUAUUAUGGCGCCGUCCUAGUUUCAUCGUCAGAGUUCAGUGUUGAGGAACUUAUGAGUGUCUUCUCGAUGCUCCUAUUCGGCAUUGGAUACGCAAGCACGGUUCUGUCGUGGAUUCCUCAGAUUGGCACGUCUCAAGAGAUGGCUAACCAGCUCCUGCGCCUUGCGAGACUCCCCAAGGGCAGCUCGCACGAACAUAAGGGAACCGUCAGGGUCCGCCAAGUUGCACCAGUCAAAAUCACGGGGCUCAGCUUCCGAUACCCGACACGAUCUAACGCACUGGUGCUGAAAGACGUCACCAUCACCAUCCCAAGAAACUCAUGUACGGCUAUCGUUGGGCGUUCUGGUUCGGGGAAGUCCACGAUAACUUCGCUGCUUCUCAACCUAUACGAGAGUCCGCAGUCAACCCACGGGUGGCCCACUAUUGCCCUUGGGGGCGUUGACAUGCACCAAGUGCACACUCCAACGCUUCGUUCUCUCGUCUCGAUCGUGUCCCAGCAGCCAUCUAUCUUCCCCGGAACCAUUCAAGCAAACAUCACAUAUGGCCUUGAAGACGCAUCCCCUCUCCACCAGCUUUACCAUGUCCGCGCUGCCGCGCAAGCCGCUGGGAUUGAUGAAUUCAUCUCAUCUCUGACCCAAGGCUAUCUCACAGUCAUCGGAGACGGUGGCGUUGGAUUAUCCGGAGGACAAGCUCAGCGCGUCGUUAUCGCACGAGCCCUCAUCCGGAGACCUCAGAUCCUGAUCUUGGACGAGGCCACUUCCAGCCUCGACCCGACAAACGCUAAGAUCAUUCGCCAGACAGUACAAGAUCUAGUCAACGGGCGACUCGGACUCACCGUACUCAUAAUCACACACGCAAAGGAGAUGAUGGAGAUUGCAGACAAGGUCGUGGUUCUUGAACAUGGUCGCGUGGUCGAAGAUGGAUCAUUCAGAGAUCUUGCGUGUCGGAGUGGUGGAAAAUUGAAGGCUCUGGUAGAGGACUCGUGCGAGGAUGAAUGAGACAAGUAACAGACUAAAGG